AUGGCCUGCUCGCCUGGCUCGAAAAGUGCGCAGCUUCUCCUAUACCAGUGUCAGGCACUCCCGACACUGAGGCCAGCUUCAACGACUGCUGCACUGCUGGGGUACCGACACCGCCGCGGUUCUGCUGCAGCAUCUGGGACGUUCUGCCGUACAGAGCAUGCGAAACGCUUCGUAUUGUGCCGAAAAGUGCGUUCUACUCGACGCAGGACGUCGGGAGCGUUGCUGUGUAGGGCCCUGCUGGCGAUCGGCAUCCAGGAGCUGGCCUCAGCUUUUGCUGGUGGAAGCAUCGGCGUGUUGGGCACACUGCUCACCCUGGAGCUGGCACAGACGCGGGCGCGAGAGCGCAUGCAGUGUCCAUACUGCUCAGGACGUGGAAAACUCGUCUGCGGUCAGUGUUUAGCGCUCGGAACCUUGCCGAAUAGGAAAAGCCCGGACGGCACCGUGCCUUGUCGCCUUUGUGGACGCAGUGGAUACGUCCCGUGCAAUCACUGUGAAGGCACCGGUCGCCUAUUCCAAGAAGAAGUAGAGCGAGCCGCCCUGCAAACCUAUGAGCAGGAAUGGCUCGGUCGCGAACCCUAA